CUGAACCCCCUUCUCACGCUAUUUAUCGAAUGUUAUAUGAAGAAACUAAUGAACUGAAGAAACAACUUGCAGACUUAUUAAAGAAAGGAUAUGUUCGACCCAGUACAUCACCAUUUGGAGCACCUGU